AUGGUUAAAAGGAGUAAAAAGGAGGUUACAGCUGCAAUGAUUGAUGAAUAUAUCUCGGCAGAGUUUCCAGAUAGAGAGCUUGACCCGGAGGGCUUUGAUUUGGUUGAGCGGCAUAUGAUACAUGGUCCGUGUGGCAGGAGGAGGGGUGAUUCUGGGUCGUUUGUUGUCAAGGGUGAUAUCAAACUGGAUCAUCGAUAUGUGGUGCCUCAUAAUCUUGCUCUGCUGAAGAAAUACCAAGCCCACAUCAACGUUGAAUGGUGCUGUAGGACAAGUGCAAUCAAAUACCUAUUUAAAUACAUUACCAAAGGCGUUGAUCGUGCUACUGCUCACCUACAGAAAAAGGAAUCUGCAGGCAUCGUGAAUCAGGAGGAAAAGAAAAAAACAAGUAUGGUCAACGAGAUUGACAAGUUUUUGGAAUGCCGCUAUAUAUCGGCUUGCGAAGGUGCAUGGAGAUUAUUUGCUUUCCCAAUACACCAUAACCAGCCUAAUGUUGUUAAGCUUCCAGUACACCUACCAGGGGAGCAUUUGAUGGUCUACGAUGAAUCUGCUGACCUAUCAGAGGUGCUAUGCCGGGAGAAUAUAGAUAAGACGAUGUUAACUGCAUUCUUUGAGGCGUGUGAGAUAUAUGAGGAAGCUAGGGAGCUGACAUACAUUGAGUUCCCCUCCAGGUUCGUAUAUCAGUCAGCCGGGAAACUAUGGGCACCAAGACAACAAGGAGAAGCUAUUGGCCGUGUCGUGUAUGUCAGUCCAACCUCCGGAGAUAGAUACUACUUAAGGAUAUUGUUAAAUGUUGUGAGAGGUCCUAGGAGCUAUUAUGAUUUAUGCAGUGUUGGUGGGGUCUUUUACAAGAAGUGCAAAGACGCGUGCUAUGCCAGAGGUUUACUCAAUGAUGAUAAAGAGUGGCAUGAAGCAAUAGAAGAGCCAUCUUACUGGGCGACUGGACGUCAGCUGAGAAGAUUAUUUGUACUUAUACUGGUAUACUGUCAGGUUAUAAGCCCUCUAAAGCUGUGGGAGCAUUCAUGGAAGUUUUUAGCUGAGGACAUACUCUACAUGAAACGUAAGGAGUUUCGAUUUCCAGAGCUUGAAUUAGAGGACGAGCAGUUGAAGCAGUAUACUCUGAUCGAGGUCGAGAGACAUCUAAAAGAGCAUAACCAGACGUUAGAAGACUACGAUGAGAUGCCUAAGCCAGAUAAAUCCAUAAUAUCAGAGUUGAACAACCCGGAGUUGCGGCAAGAGUUACUUUACGACGUCAAGAAGGAGGCUGAAACGCAUCGUGAGUUGUUUAGCGCCCUCAAUCAGGAUCAGCGCACAGUGUAUGAUGCAGUUCUCAAGUCAGUUGAAGAAGGAUUAGGGCAACUGUUCUUUGUGUAUGGUCCAGGAGGAACUGGUAAAACGUACCUGUACAGGACCAUCAUCGCACGGAUCAGGUCAGGGUCUAGCUUGGCUGAAUUAAUAUGCAAGGCGGACCUAAUAAUAUGGGACGAGGCUCCGAUGGCGCAUAGACACACGUUUGAAACACUAGACCGUUCUCUCAGAGAUUUGUUAUCGCACGCAGAUCCCGAGGCAGCCACAAAGCCUUUUGGUGGCAAGACGGUGCUUCUUGGGGGCGAUUUUAGACAAAUUCUACCGGUCAUCCCACACGGGAAACGUCCGGAUACGGAGGACAAAGACUUUGCAGAAUGGCUCUUGCAAGUAGGAAAUGGGGAAGCGGAAACAGUGUCAUCAUAUAAAUCAAAGCAUGAAGAAGGUAGUCAGAUUUUUGUGGACAAGAGCUUAUUACUACCUCGCUCUGAAACUCCACAUGAAGCUUUGGCAGAUGCUGCAUAUCCAAACUUCCUCCAGAACUACCGAAACAAAGAGUACCUGAAGGAAAGAGCCGUCUUGACACCGACAAAUAAUACCGUACAUGAGAUCAACGCUUAUCUACUCUCUAAGAUCCCAUCACAUGCUAGGGAGUAUUUGAGCUCAGAUUCCAUCGUUCCGAAUCACCGGCUGUGCUUGAAAGUAGGGGCACCAGUUAUGAUGCUGCGCAAUCUUAACCAGGAUCUAGGUUUGUGCAAUGGUACAAGGAUGAUGGUCACCCGGCUAGGUAGCAGGAUUGUUCAAGCUGAGAUCAUGACUGGCACAGAAGUUGGUGAGCAGGUUUUGAUUCCUAGGAUUCAGCUAACACCCACAGAUACCAUCCAUCCAUUCACUUUCAACCGUCGGCAAUUCCCGAUCAGGCUGUGCUAUGCCAUGACCAUAAACAAGAGCCAGGGGCAGAGCCUAAAUAAUGUCGCUCUAUAUCUUCCCCGCCCUGUGUUUACUCAUGGUCAACUAUAUGUGGCCAUGUCUAGGGUCACGUCUCCAAAUGGGCUUAAGAUAUUAGACGAGACUUCCGAUGCGGACGGUAAAGAUGGAGUGACCAAUAUUGUCUACAGGGAAAUCUUCAAUGACAUCCAAGUGACACAGAUUUGA